ACUCGGGGGUCAUAAUGGGCAGCAAGAUGGCUUCCGCCACCAGGGUCGUGCAGGUAGUGAAGCCACAUGCUCCGUUAAUAAAGUUCCCUAACAGAAGAGACAAACCUAAGCUCAGUGCCUCGGAAGCUUUGCGAUCUGCUGUGCUACCCUCCCACUCCUCUGUAGUUUCCCAGCAUUCUAAAGGAAAUUUGUCCCCAAAUGUACUGAUGCAUCAGGGGCCACCAGACACUGCAGAAAUAAUAAAAUCAUUACCUCGGAAAUACAGGAGGAAACCUAUGUCUCAGGAAGAAAUGGAAUUUAUCCAGCGUGGGGGUCUAGAGUGA